AUUUCAGACAAUCUAAAUCAUGCUCCGGUUCGAAGUUUGCCUUCUCUUAGUAGUUGCUGUUGUAUACACCAUGGCUAAUGAAUGUUCCAACUGCACAUGUGGUCAAGUAUGUGACUCGACCUCUGUAUGUGCAGAUGGCUGUUUAGUGUAUGACAAAUUCAUUAAAGUUGGCGAAGAAUUAGCAGUGUAUGGUAAUACAUGCAAAUGUCAGACUGAAACAGAUGAGAAAGGACGAGUCAUCGUGUGUACAAGUCUGGAGUUUGUAGGUGCACCAGCUGGUGACCCAUGGACACUGAACCCAAACUGCAAUACCAAACCUUGAUAGAUAAUCUACGUUGUGUUCGAUUGAUGUGUAAUAUUUGCAAAUAAAUAUUAAUAUGU